CAGACAUUUUGCAAUCAGCAACAAAUUAGGUGAUUUUUACCAUUUUUUACAGUAGGUUUGUGUCAUUUAUUUGGUACACUAUUUAUUUGCUCCAGUAUACUGUUACAGUUAUGCGGAUACUACUACAUUAAAACAAAAGAAGAAUUAGCGCUUGGUCCUUAAUCACUUGGAAGUGUUGUUUUGUUUAGUCUUGUGGAGCACAGAGGUUACGGGAUUCAUUACAGUUUUCACAGUUUUAAAAAGCAUAAUAUAAACUUAUUAUAUUUAGAACAUUGAACAUGUCUACCUAUAUGUGUGCUAUACACAUUAGGUGCACAAUUUCAGGCUUCAUUGACUAUAACCGCCGUACUCAGUCAUUUAACUUUGUACGUAGACCAAAGAGUAUAAGUAGACGUAGACUGAGAAUCCUAGUCUACGACUUUGUAUGAUUUAUGACUUUGACAGUUCAGUGUUCAAACCAUAGGUUAAAACUUUGAUAGUUUGACAAUUUGACAUUGACAAUGACAAAGCAGUCACGAUUCCAUCGUGCGAUGUUGAUAAUCAAGGUUUAAUUAUUGUUGUAAUAACUAUAACUAAUAUUUGAUGUAGGCGUGUGUUUGGACAAUCAUUGUAGGAGGUUCAUUACAAACCUCAAAGCCGGUUGGUAGACAUGGACGACGCGUCUAUGAAUCGCUAUGAAAAACAGCUGUAUUCUGUGUUCAAAACCUUCGACGUAGAUAACGAGGAAGCCUUAGACAGGUCAGCAGUUCACAAGCUUUGUGACGCAUUGCAGCUCGAGGAUCGCGGUACGACCCUCGUGAAUACUCUAUUCGAGCGGCGCUCCGGCCGCAUCACCUUCGCCCAGUUCCGGAACGGGUUGCUUGCUGUGCUCGGCGGCGCUGGAGGCGAGCCAGUACGCGCGCUAUCUGCACCGUCAGAGGCUGCGACUGAUGCAGCUCCACAUCACAGUGACGACGAUUCCUCUGGCCGAGAAGUGGCUCCCAAAUUUGUAUUUGGAUCAAAAAAAUAUGGUCGUCGAUCUAGGCCAACUCGUUCAGGAGCUGCAGCUGACGAGCCUUCGAGUCCACGCUCCUCUUCAGCUUCUCGAUUGGACACCGAUGAUAAGAAGGCAAAGCAACGGAUGAGAUGCCGAAGAAGUGUAUCUGCUAUGGAGACCCGGGGAGAUAAUGAAAAUAGCGGACCACAUGAUGCUUCUGCUGCAAAUGUGUUUGAACACGAUCGGCGUAUUGACCGUGAUGAAGCUUUCGCCUUGUGUCGUGAUUUAAACAUGGACGCUAUCGACCAACAGCUUAUAGAACGGAUAUUUAAUAACACUACAGAUACUACUGUAGGUGAGUUUUUUGACCGUCUUAAUGCAGAACUCACAACCACUAUGGAAGAGGCUUCACGUGACGUGCCGCCUACAGCAACAAUCCCAGACACUAUUGCUGAUGUGGCCCAUGAUGAAGCCUCAUCUGGAUUACCCAGUGAGCUUGUCCUGGAGGCUUGGGAGCGAGCUGGGGUGCAGCAACCCCAUCGCUUACUUACUGAGCUUGGCUUUGGCGCAAUGGCAUUGAACUUACCUGAGCUCGAACGUGCCCUGGAUGACGAGUUACGGGCUCUCAGUGAACCGACUGACGAGCCGCGGGAUGCUCGCACGCUUUUACUUUUGGCUGCGCUCACACUAAGCCGACUGCGACUAGAGCUGGCGCGACGUCGCGUAGAUGUGACUACUGCCGAGAGAGAUAAGCUGCGAGGUGACGUAGCCGAGGCUAACAGGCACGCCAGGCUACUGGCACAAGAAGUCGAUGAAAGUCACGCUCGUAUCGAAGCCGAAUUGAAAGCGAGCCUCCGUCGAGCAGAGGCGCGUCAUGCUGAAGCCAUGCGCCAGGCCGCCACGGAACAUGCGGCCGAGCGAGAGCGCGCUGCGGCCACACGAGCGCGGCUCGAAGCGGAGGUCGCGAGACGCGCCGACUUGGAGGCGCGCUUGCGGGGUGACAUGACUGGACUGCGGGAGCGCGCCGACGAGCUCGAAGCGCGCGUCUCGGCUGCAGAGGAACGUUGCAGCGAGACCGAGCGGGAGCGGGCACGGCUGGCGGGCGAGCUGCGCGCGGCGCUGGAGCAGGGCGCGGCGGCGCGUUCGAGCGACGUGCCGCGCGAGCUGGCGGAGCAGCUGUGCGAGCUGCGGCGCGACAACCAGCGCCUGCGCGACCGCAACGACGAGCUGUGCGCCGCGCUAGAGGCCAGCACGCGCCGCGCGCCCGGCCCGCCCGAGCCCCGCACUGGGGACCUCUCCACUGAACUGGACUCACUCUUCACUCAUGAACAUUCUGAGGAAUGUGAUUCUUCACCUGUGAGUAUAGAGCAGAACAGGAUACUGAGCCAUGUGGAAGCAAUAGGAAAACUCGGAGAGAUGUUUGACAGCGUGCUGGCGCUGGCCCCCGGCGCCGGCGACGGCGCGGCCUGCGCGCACUGCGCCGCCACCGCCGCCGCCGUGCGCGGGCUGCGCGCCACCGUCGCCGACCUCAGCGACACGCUCAUCUGCAGCGCGCAGCCCUGCCACCGCGCCGCGCAGACCGACCGCCAGCCUGACGCCGACGCGGACGCGCUGCGCCGGGACUUACUCGACGCCGAGCGCCGACACGAUGAGGAAAAGAAGAAACUCACCAACCUCGUGAAGGACCUGGAAGCUAGUCUCGAGCAGAUGAAAGCGGAGUACGACAAGUGCGAGGAGUACUGGAGCAACAAGCUGGAGGAGGAGCGUGAGUUGUUCAGCGAGGAGCAGCGGCUGGGGGACGAGCGCCUGGGCGAGCUGGUCGCCAAGAUCGCGGAGUACGAGCGACAGUUCGCGCCCGCCGCCGCGCUGCCCACCAUCGACGAGCGCCACAGCCUCGAGGCGCAGUUCACGGACCUAGAGGAGGAGUUCGCGCGCUACCGCCGCGACAAGGAGGCCGAGCUCAGCGCGCGCGGCGCCGAGCUGGCGCGCAUGGCCGAGCGCCUGGCGGCGGCCGAGCGGCGGCGCGCGCCCCGGCCGCGCCCCCGCGCCCCCGGCGAGGUGCGCGAGCUGCGCGCGCGGCUGGCGCGGGCGGAGGCGGGGGCGCGGCGGCUGGCGGCGCGGCUGGCGGCGGCCGACGUGCUGGUCAAGGACCUGUACGUCGAGAACUGCCAGCUGGCGCACCGCCGCCCGCUGUGACCGCGCGCCCUGUCGCAGGGGGUGCUCCACACACGAACGAUUACUAUCAAUGCAUUUACGUAUCUACACGUGGUUUGUUAAAUAGCUCUUGUAAGAGUUUAACAUUAUUUUGUUAAGCUCGCUACAUAAUUUGCUCGGUUCGGGUGUUAUAAGACAAAACUAUGGAGAGUACAUUGUGUUGGUAUCCAUUCCGAAACAAGGCUUAAUACUUGCAAUAUUCCUGGGAACCGAAGGUUGCUUAACCUUCCUUAUUAAUAUUUUAAUGAGUUUAAUUUAUUUAAUGUUAUUGUUAUUGGAAUGCAGAGAUGAUAUAUAUAUUAUAUAAGUUACACCUCUUUCGAAUCGAACAGAGAUGGAUGUUUGUACAUAAACUAUAAAACGGUUGUUCUAACGAACUGAUUAUUAUUAUGAUUACGAUGUGAACAAGAGCGCGCAGACCGCAUGUUGGCGGGGCGCGGUCCCGGCCGCGACUCGUCUGUAACCAGUGACGCGUAGUUCAUUGGUCGAAGUGCCUUGACGAGCUUCAGUAAGUGACGCGAGUAGCAAGUCCAGUGCAACGUACGGCAGUAACAUGUAGCGUAGUACAGAGCGGACGGAGUACUACUGGAGCGGGCAUUCAAUGGACUGCACUUGUGGUAAUUAACUGAAUGCGCAGCGUGUGCUGUCACACCUCAGUAGAUACGUAUGCUUAGUUACACGCCGACAGCGCUGAUACAGUGCCUAAGCUAAAAUGUGAUCCCAAAUAAUGCGUUAACUAUUUAAGCUAGGCUAGGUCUUAUAAUGAAAUUAUACCUUCUUAUUAUAUAAGCAAACAAAUGUUCGUGGACCCAAACAGGCACUCAGUGUUCCAACUAGUGGCGGUGGUACGAGGACGUCCGUUGAACAUACAGUACCAGUGUACCAGUGUACCAGUGUACCAGUGCACCAGUGUACCAGUGUACCAGUGUACCAGUGUACCAGUGUACCAGUGUACCAGUGUACCAGUGUACCAGUGUACCAGUGCACCAGUGUACCAGUGUACCAGUGUACCAGUGCACCAGUGUACCAGUGUACCAGUAUACCAGUGUACCAGUGCACCAGUGUACCAGUGUACCAGUGUACCAGUGUACCAGUGCACCAGUGUACCAGUGUACCAGUGUACCAGUGUACCAGUGCACCAGUGUACCAGUGUACCAGUGCACCAGUGUACCAGUGUACCAGUGUACCAGUGUACCAGUGUACCAGUGUACCAGUGCACCAGUGCCUACCCACCAGCGUGCAGCACUCAAAUGGAUAGUUGAUUGCAUCAUGCAUGCACCGAGCUCAUUUAGUCAAGUGAAUGUGUCUGAUAAUGAUCGCACUGACAGCUGACACCACGUAUUAUGUCAUGCACAUAAUAAAUUCUAUUUGUUCCAUGGGUAGUGUCAUCGUCAUACUUCCUAAUCGCACCAAGACAGAAUAUACUUUUGAAUGUAUUUGAAAGCAUUUACUGAUUGUCAACCAUGCAUGACGUAAACACGCGUGCAUCGAGCGCACUGCAUGGCCGCGCGGCGCCGCUCGCCGAUUGAAUGAUCUGACGUGCGCUGGUCCGAGUACCCGGCUCACUUGUAUAAAUAUGAAUAUCAGAAUAUUAUUAUUAUGUGAUUAUUAAAAUGUUAAUCAAA